AUGGACCCUCCUCUUGUGGUACCAGCGCAAUCGGAAUGUGCACUAUCAGGUCCACCUGACCUCGAUGCAACAGUCACUGCCACCUCGCAAUCUGAGUUUUUCUAUGAUAGCGAAGUCGGGCCAACCAAAACCGCUCUAGGGACAUCGCCUUCGGAAUAUGUGUCUGAUUCCCAGCCGGAAUCACACCCUGUGGAAUCGGAAUCGCCAGAAUCUGAUGCUUCAGAUUACAUUUCAGAUGUUGUCAUUCCGGCGAGUGAACUGGAGCGUGAGGAUCACAUUGCCAACAUCACCGACGCAAUUAUUGCUGAGGGAAUGUCACUCCGGGAAUUUAUAAUGGCGGUGAAAGAUUGGACACAAUAG